GUGGAAGUGCCUGCUAUAGUGGACUGUCUCUUUCUGCAAUGAGGAGAGUUCCAAAUCCAUGAGAAAGCUCUGUUCUGGUCUUGAAUGAGUCCAAAGCUUUGAGGCAGUUCCCGAGUAUGUUUAAUACUGAUCAGCCAAGAGGAAAAUGACGAUUCUCGACCCCUGCCCCUUGCAUUGUGAAAAGGACAGACUUUCAUAUUUAUGUCCUUUCGGAACCCAGUCAGUUAACACCAAAGGGCUCAGAAGAGCUAGAACUUGCCCAUGCUGGCCUUGGGAAGAGGAUGUUAAGUAUACCAGACCACUUGAAACACGAUGAGAUUGUAGCUCUACUUGAGGAGGAAUUUCCUAAAAUGAAGACCUUACAAGGAGGAUGGAUGUUUUUCAAGUCUACAGGUGGUAGCGGACGUCGCAAGCUGUCCAUAAUUCCAACUGACGCUGAGGGUUACUCCACAAGGCUUCUUAAAUCAGCAUCUAACAAUGGGAAAAACAUAGUAUUUGUAAUUCCACUACAGGAGAAGCUUUCUACCGAACCACUUUCCUAUGAUUCAGUAGAGUUCGCCAAGAUGCCACAGUCAAAAUGCAUUACAUGUGGCAGUCAAAUGCCUUUGCAGCUGUUGCCGUUGCAUGUGGAGGAAUGCAAUGGCACAUUGACUGAGAGUGAAUCUGGGACAUGUCUUGAUGAAGAUUGUUCAGUUCUUGAGCAGCCAGUCCCAUCUACCAUAGCCAUGGAUGAAUCCAUGGCGGUCUGCCCAAUCUGUCUUGCAUCGUACCCAGCUGAUGUUCUCCCAUCUCAUGCAAGCACAUGUGGUGAAAGAAUGAACUGUGCUCAACCCAGCAUAGCAGCCAGUCCGCCAUGGGGAGAAGAAUUGCCAGGACCCUCAAGGGUAGAAGAAUUGCCAGGACCCUCAGUUCCACAAUCGUCAGCAGCUUCAACCUGGGCCACUGAAGUCGACCCCCAAAAAGCAUGCCAGUUGUUCAGAGAAGAUUUACUGAACCGUUACUCUGAAAGUCCACGCCUCUGUCUAUCACUCGACAUGUUUGAUGCAGAAGAAGAACAGGACAGUGCAUUCAUUUCGUUCUAUAAGCAGAAUAAUGUGAACUGGGCAGCUCCAUUCAAGUGCAGGCUGAGAGCUGCUGCCCUGCGGGAAAGCAACCUAUUUGAGAUGGCAGGUCGUAUGAUCGGUCAUUCUUUCCUGCAUGGUGGGUUCAGCUUCUCUGGACUCAGUUUGCCUGUGGUGACCCUAUUGACUGGUGAGAGCAUCGACACUGCAGCAUCAGCUCUGACACUGGAGGACUGUCCUGAUAUUGACCAUCGUGAAACAAUUGGUUUGCUGAAGAAUGCUGAACUUACUGCUGAAGAAAACACCAAAGUGACUGAUCUUUGCCUCUUCUGGGAUCUUCCAUUUCCAACCUCCACCAAUCGUGUCUGGCUGUUCCAGUAA